CUUGAGGAUGGUGUUGAGAUUGAAGUUACCAUAAAUGUUGGGAAGAGGAUUGUGAAGCCUGGAGUAGCUUUAAAGUCUCCAUUCAUGAAUGAAUUUGGGUCUUCUAGUUCUCUUGAAGCUGGACAACAAUUUUAUAUGGAAGAACAAAAUUUAUGGAAUGGAUAAGAAUAUUAUUAAUCAUGCUUUUCAACUUGGAGUGGAUGAUGUAGAUGACAAGAUGUGGUUUCACAAUCUUGUUCAUUGUGGUGAAUUUUUAUCUGAUUUGUUGUUUUGCAGUGAUUAUGGCAUUUUUGUUGCUUCUUUCACUGAGUAUUUUAUUGAUUGCAAGGAUAUUCCAUCAAGCAAUUUCUAUGUUGAAGACCAAUGUGCUAGGUUAGCUGUGUUGUUUUAUUCAUACUACAAAAUGAAAGAAGAAGAAAACAUUGCUAGUCAGUCUGAAGCUCUCAAAAAGGCUAAAGGGAAGGACAAGGGUUUGGUGGUCAAGUAUAUUUUUGAGUUUGGCCUAGCAUCAACAUUAUGGCAACUACAACGAAAAUGAAAAACAAUUGGAAAAUUUUAUGUUAUUUUGGAUUAUAUACCUUAUUUGUAUGUUUAUUUUAAUUUUUUUUAUGUGACAAUAUUGGAUUUUUUUAUUAAUGUUUAUGUUUUUUUUAUGAUGUCUUUUAUAUCAAUUUUUGUGUAAUUGCUUUUAUGGUUGGGAAACUUUGUAGCAACACACAAUCCACGUAAUAUAUAUAGUUGACAAA